AUGUCGGAACAAGCCAUAGUCCCAGUGAAAGAAAGUUCUGAAACAGAUGUGGAAGUGCAUCCUGCUGUUCAUGGUCGACAGCGGAAAGAGUGGAAGUUGAUUGGCACAGAUGAGCUGUGCGAAGGUGAGGAUCUUCGCCGCGGGGCUCAGAGAUGGUUAAGGGCAAAGGAGAUUCCUCACAAGACCCUUACAAAGUCCAGCAACAAAGGUGCCACCACACUGAUCGGAAGGUGCAGUGCCUGCAAAGAAUGCUCAAAGCAAUGGUGUUUCUCGCUGGUGUCAGGCAGCUUGCACAUAGAGACUUGUGGUCAGUGCUCGGGAGAAAAGGAUGUGGAUCGCUUGCGGCGUUUCUACGCCCGAAGGUUUGCCAAGGAGCACACACCAGCCAACGCAUUGAAGGCAAUGCGCAAAGCUGGUAUAGAGCCUGAACAUCGUCCAAAAGCUUGGCAAGUGAAGAACCAACGGCCGAAGAAAGUGUCCACACAGGGCGAGGGUGCCAGCAUCGCUUUCCUGGGAGAUUUGAAAGCAUUUGUGUCUUCUCCGCCCGACGGCGUUUACAUUUACACAGAGGAAUGCAUUUGUGAAGAAGGCCGUGUUCUCAUUGCAUUUAGCCUGCAACAGGCUGUGGACAAGUUUAUGGACAAGUCGAAGGUGGACUUUGGGACAUGUUUGCUGGAUUGGACCUUUAAAACCAAUAGCCAUGGUCUGCUUCUUGGUUCUAUUGGCCCUCGCGGCCUAGUCCUGCAGAAGCAUGGGCCAAGCAUGCGGUUUUUGCCAACGAUAUUUCUGGUAUCAUCCAAAGAGGAUGAGCCUGCUCAGCAUUUGGCUGUCAGGCUUUACUUCUCUCAAGCAGAGAAAUGGGGCAUCCACGUUACCCACGGUAUCUUUGACUGCAGUGUGUACUACGGUGUCGCUUCGUACACCGCGGAGCACUUCCCACAUGUCAAUGUCCGGAGAUGCCUGCAGCAUGCAAAGACAAAUGCGCGAGCUGCUGCAGCUGGCAGGGACAAAGCCUCUGGCAAAACCCUCUUGGGCAAUGGAGAACUUUUGGAUGUGAUAUUAGAGUGGUUACAAUUCACGGCCACGCUCCCAAGCGAUGAAGAAUUUCAUGCGUUUUGGUCAAGUUGCUUUGCCAGGAUGGAGGGCAAAAGCGCCCCGACCGAUUUCGGAGAGAAGAAGUUUGCUAAGUAUUUGAAGAAGAACCUGUUCAAUGAUUCUGGCCCCUUGUGGACAGCACCAUGGUGCUGUGGAUUGGGUCUCCUUCCUCCUGGGAUCACUACUUUUGCGCCAAAUUCUAUCGAGGUGCAACACCGCGUGCUCAAAGGCUUGCUGGCGCCAGGUUAUGAGCGCAGAGAUGUUGGCAGUCUUAUGGUGGAGGCUUCUUCAAGAAGGUUGAAGGAUUCCAUUGUCGGUGACGAUGUGGUGACGAAGACCAAGGCACAGCGCCUCGACAGAGACAAGAUUGUUGCUCAUUACCAGGAAGCUGGUCCUCGCAACACAUUUCUUGCGUCCACAUGUGAGAAGCAGCUGCGGACUGGAGAAGUGGCUAAACUAUGCUAUGUCAUGGGGAAACAUCAGCUUUCCUAUGCCAAAGACAAGCCCAGGGACAUGCAAGCUUGUAUGCAACUUGCACUGGCAGAGACGUCAGCAGAUAUUCAAGAUGCCUACAGAAGUCCGAAGACAGGUGCAUAUUGCUUACACCGCCAUGCGUACCUGAGGCAAGCAUUUGUCACGAUUUAUGUGACUUCACAGAGACAUGUCCUCGACACCCACAAAGACUAUCUCACAGGAGCUGGAUGGACGGAACACACCUUGUUUAUCUCUGCCUUGAUCCAGGACAAAGCUUUUUUAUCUCCGGUUUGCCAAGGUCCUUCCAAUUCUCGGCCCAAGAAAAGUCCGAAGAAAAAGAAAAACGUACAAAAGUCGGAACGAACGAAAGCCAUGCUGGCAGCUCCUGAACUUGUGGCAGGGGAAGAUUGCCCUCAGGCAAACAAAGCUCCUUUGCGCCGUGUCUCUUUGUCGCAACUUCUGCCUGGCUUGCCUGCAGCUCAAGAGGCACCUGCGUUCUUGAGUUGCGAAGGAGCCCUGCUGGAUGAAGCCAAGACUUGCAUGGCUCCAACAACAAAAGGCUGUCGGUGUCGAAGGCCCCGUAGUCAGGGCAACUUCUGCAAGCAACAUUUCUUGGAGUUUUCAGUCCAGGAUCGGCAGGAUGCUCUCUGGGAAGGCUUGGAGCCUAUUUUCCAAAAAUCCGCGGAAGAGUUUGAUGAGGCCCAGGUGAAGAUGGGCGUAGAGUUGUCUUUGAAAGACAUGCAAGAACACGCGGAGCAGCUGCAAGCCAGUCGCGCUUUGGUGGCCCAACGUCUGAGACAAGAAGAGUACGAGAGGAUUGAUACAGUCUGCUCAUACCUUCGCUCCUUCCCCCAGACUUUCAGUGAUUGGUUUGACACUUUCUACAAGUCAUAUGAUGACUACGUCCGCAACUUGAGCCGUGACGGGGUCUAUGCGGACGAUUUGUGCUGUUUGGCCAGUGCGCACUUGUUGCUUCGCCCCCUCCGGAUCAUUUCCGACAUGCCCGAUGGCCACAUCGUAGAAUUCAACCCCCCUGCGUCGAUAGAUCCGUCUGCAUGGGGCCCUCCAGUCACUUUAGCCUUUUACCUAAAGGGAAGGCAUUAUGAAGCGACGCAGCCGCUUAAAGCGGAUGAGCCACUUCCAAAGCGCAUGAAGCGCGAAAAGCAGCCACAAAAGGUGAACUGUGCCGGGGGACCGGCCAAAGAUCGGCAGCACCUGGCGCAGAUUUUGGAGAUGGGGGACGACCGCAGCAGCGUGACCAGCGUCUUGCCGCGGGGGCAACCCUUGACGCCGGCCGCUUGGGAAGCCUUCCGAGAACGAGAGGAGCAGUUGCUGCAACAUCUCAAAGAGGACCGUGAGAACCAACUGGACGAAUUUCGUACUGAAGCUGAGAAGCUACAUGCUGCAGCCUUGGCAGCGAUGGUGUCGGUGGAGCCAGCCGCAGCCCGAUCGCUACCAGGAGGAUCUCAAGCUGACUCAAGGAGCCGAUUUCGAGAGGAUGGUGAAGCGACUGCGCCGCUCCGAUCUGCUCCAGACAGACUGGAAGCACCGUCGGGCUUUCAGCCGGGCUGGACCAAUCCCUUCGGUUUGGAUCCUGCGAAAGAGGUCUUCGAUCCGUUUGGGGUGCCAGCAUAUGACUAUCGGACCUUGCUGGCGAAUGCGCAGCUUCGCACACAGAUGCAUGGAAAGCCUUUUGAACAUCCCGAUUUCUGGAACGUGAGAGGUUCGAAAGCAUCCAAUGUCAUGCACUUUUAAUCCAUUGUCCUCCAAAAACAACAACUGAAACACCCCCCC